ACGUAGGUGUUAUAAAAAGGCCAUGCAUGCGCACACACAGACACAUUACAGCAGAGCAAGCCAGCCAUGGAAAGCUUCAAGCUCACCUUGCUCCCCAUCCUUCUCCUUGCAAUCGUCGCCGAGGUGACCGGCGAUGAGCUCCGCACGUUCAUUAUCCACGUGCAGCCGCACCAGAACCACGUGUUCCGUACGACCGACGACCGGACAACGUGGUACAAGUCGUUCCUCCCGGAGGACGGUCGGCUCCGCCACGCGUACCACCACGUCGCGAGCGGUUUCGCCGCUCGGCUGACACAGCAGGAGCUCGACGUGGUGUCCGCCAUGCCUGGGUUCAUCGUGGCGGUGCCGAACCAUGUUUACAAGCUGCUGACGACGCACACGCCGCAGUUCCUCGGCCUGGAACUGCCACAGAACGGGAGAAAAUAUACCUCCGAAUUCGGCGAGGGCGUCAUCAUCGGCGUGCUCGACAGUGGCGUCUAUCCCUACCAUCCCUCCUUCAACGGCGACAGCAUGCCGCCGCCGCCGGCCAAGUGGAAGGGGCGCUGUGAUUUCAACGGCUCUGCGUGCAACAACAAGCUUAUCGGUGCUCGAUCUUUCGAGUCAGACCCGUCCCCCCUCGACCGGGAUGGGCACGGCACGCACACGUCAAGCACCGCGGCGGGAGCAGUCGUGCAAGGCGCUCAAGUGCUUGGCCAGGGCCUCGGCACUGCUUCCGGGAUAGCGCCUCGCGCGCACGUCGCCAUGUAUAAGGUGUGUGGCGACGAGUGCACCACCGCCGACAUACUCGCCGGCAUUGACGCGGCCGUUGGUGACGGCUGUGACAUUAUCUCCAUGUCCCUUGGCGGGCAAACGAGACCUUUCUACCAAGACGGCCUCGCUAUUGGCACGUUUGGCGCCGUAGAGAAGGGUGUUUUCGUCAGCAUGGCGGCCGGCAACGAAGGUCCAACCGGCAGCACGCUGUCGAACGAUGCGCCAUGGAUGCUAACCGUCGCGGCGAGCACCAUGGACCGUCUGAUCAGCGCACAGGUGCGCCUCGGAAAUGGCCUUUCUUUCGAUGGCGAGUCGGUUUUCCAGCCAAACAUCUCGACCACCGUCUCCUACCCGCUGGUCUACGCAGGUGCCAGCUCAACACCCGACACGAAUUUCUGCGGCAACGACUCACUGGAUGGCUUCAACGUCAAGGGAAAGAUUGUGCUCUGCGACCGUGGCAACGGCGUCGCAAGGCUUGCCAAAGGUGCCGAGGUGAUGAGAGCCGGAGGCUUCGGCAUGAUUUUGGUCAACGAGUUCGCCGACGGGUACAGCACGCUUGCCGACGCGCACGUCCUCCCAGCUUCCCACGUUAGCUACGCCGCCGGAGUGGCCAUCAAGAAGUACAUCAACUCCACUGCGAACCCCGUGGCGCAAAUCUUGUUCAAGGGCACGGUCCUUGGCACGUCGCCGGCCCCGGCUAUAACCUCGUUCUCCUCGCGUGGGCCCAGCUUGCAGAACUCUGGCAUUCUGAAGCCCGACAUCACUGGCCCCGGUGUGAGCGUACUCGCGGCGUGGCCAUUCCGGAUCGGCCCUCCGUCGGCGCCAGUGUUCCCUGGACCGACCUUCAACUUCGAAUCUGGCACGUCCAUGUCAACGCCGCACCUAAGUGGUAUCGCCGCACUGAUCAAAAGCAAGCACCCGGACUGGUCGCCGGCGGCGAUCAAGUCAGCCAUCAUGACGACCGCCAACCCCACCGACAAAUCCGGGAAUCUAAUAGUCAACGAGCAGAACGUAACGGCCAACUUCUUCGCCACAGGCGCCGGCCACGUGAACCCGGACAAGGCCAUCGACCCCAGCCUGGUCUACGACAUCGCCCCCGCCGACUACAUCGGCUUCCUCUGCGGCCUGUACACGAGCCAGGAGGUCACGGUGAUCGCGCGUCGCUCGGUCGACUGCUCGACCAUCACGGUGAUCCCGGACCGCAUGCUGAACUACCCGUCGAUCUCGGUCACGCUGCCGUCAACAACGAACCCCACGGCUCCGGUGGUGGUGAGCCGCACGGUGAAGAACGUCGUGGAGGCGCCGGCGGUGUACUACCCUCACGUCAACCUGCCGGGUCUUGUGCAGGUAAAGGUCACGCCGAGCUCGCUGCAGUUCACCGCAGCGAACCAGGUGCAGAACUUCACGGUGUCCGUGUGGCGGGGGCAGAGCACUACCGCGAAGUUUGUGCAGGGCUCGCUCCGGUGGGUGUCCGACAAGCACACCGUGAGGAGCCCCGUCUCCAUCAGCUUCGCCUGAUCGUCUCUAGGGCUCAAUCGACUUGACUACUGGUACUUUACCUCCAUCUGGGUUGUUCCCUCGUCGUUCACACUUGGUUUCAUUUCACUACAGCUAGCUGAUAAUCCUGCAUGUUUCAGUUAAUCUGUUGCUCAACAACAUUACUCACGCACUACCACUAGCUAAUAAAAAGGACUCGAUUGUGAAAUUGCUAGCAUUGCUAAGCCUGAUUGUAUUUGCAGAGUCGCAUGUAACGUUCUCCCUGGUCUAAAAAAAAAAGUUCUUCCACUAAGAGAAGA